UCCACUUCAUGUGAUUGCGAUGACGUCAACACCUUUUGAGAGCACUGGGAACGCUCCAACUUUCUCUUGCGUACUCUCACCGGACAACACACAGAAUACCAUAACCUACACAGAGAGGGCAGUUAGACCAAGUCUCACUCCUGGAGGCUACACACUGAACAUACCGGGCAUGGAAGUAACUCAGACCGGUGGAUUUACACAGAACCUGCCUGGUGAUGAGACGUCAGUUGGUGUCUAUAGGUGUUCAAGUACAUCUACAAUUACUGGUACUUCAACAUCAGCAGAUGUGACAAUUCUCUCACAAGAAAGACAUUUUCAACCAAGUGACGGUCGCCUCACCAAAACGGUUUAUCCAGGAGACGACAUCACGCUUGCAGUGUCUGCCACUGAUAGGUAUGAUUCAGGAACGCAGGAGAUCAGAUGGAGCACUUUUUCAAACUUUGCAGAAGGAUCCUUGUCUCCAGAUGGAGAUGGGACACUGACCUAUACAAUUCGUUCAGCAUCUAAGAGAAAUGCAGAUAUCUACGGGACAUUCCAAAAUAAUAUGGUUGAUAAUCGUCUUUACAAUUUGAUUCGAGUCAUAGUUAUUGAAUGUCCCCGUGGCCGAUGGAACCUACCUUUAUGUGAUAGUUUGUGUGAUAACUGCUACAAUGGAGGAAUCUGUCAUCCUCAAUCAGGAACGUGUAUCUGUCCCCCAGGAUUCAUGGGCAAGAACUGUUUAACUGCAUGCGGUAAACACCUUUUUGGAUGGGAGUGUGAACUCGAAUGUGGUGCUGGUAAUGUUCUUGAUGCUUGCAGCGGAAGUCAAGUCUGUCUACCCGAUCCCUAUGGUUGCAACUGUCUCUCUGGUUACACAGGAAUAUACUGCGAUGAACAAUGUCCUCCAGGAAAGUUCGGUGUUGACUGUCUUCAAGACUGUCACUGUGCAGGAGGGGUGCCAUGUAAUGCUUUCACUGGAAGAUGUGAAGGAAGCUGUGAGGAUGGAUGGUCAGGAGAAGGCUGUCACGUUCCAUCCGUGUGUCCUGUUGGUUACUCUGGAAUCAAUUGCACGGAGUUCUGUAACUGUCCUGAUCUGUCAGAAUGCGAGAAGGAUUCUGGGUUCUGUUCAUCAUCAGAGGGACAAUGUGAGGUUGGCUUUGUCGCUGAAACACCAGAAAAGCCAGACAGAUGUUUCACAUUUGUUGGGUGUUUCGAGUCCUGUUCUAAGACACGCCAUUGUGCUGCUACCGACACGUGUGACGACGAGUCAGGUUCGUGCACUUCAUGUCAUCCACGAUGGUCGGGAGACAAUUGCCAAACAGAUCGUUUUACGGCUACUAGAGAAAAGACGAAUCCAGGCAUUGCAAUCAUUUCCUGCACAUUCGCUACCGAUUUAGACGAUGGCCUCUCCAUGAGAGCUGCUAUUGGGGACUUCACAACUGACAGUUUCGUUACUGCUACUUAUACUGACACAAGUGAUGGAUCAUCGUUGCAAUCGAACUUUACACUUUCCAUCGAUGACAUAGAAACUAAAACAAUUUACUGUUUCGUUGGCAAUUCAACCAGUGACGAUGGAUUUGCUUAUGUCAGCCUGCCCCCUCAUGGGACAUUCGUUCUUCCGGUCUUCAACAGCCAGCCAAGGUUAGCGGAACAAGGAUACAAUUAUUUGGUUAUUGCAUGGGAUUCUUGGAGCCCUGGCGUUGAUGUUGGAGACGGCCCUGUCAUCGGCUAUAAAGUAUACGUUACUUCUUCUGAUGGGAUCGAUACAAACACCUUUAUAACGGCAUCAGGUGUUCCAUCUGAAAGGCCAGGAUCUGUGGCUUCAAGGAAAAAAAGAGGGUAUGAAGGAUCGAUGAAAUCUUCCUACGAAGUGUUUACAACGGUGAGGAAAGAACGAGACGGAAGGCAGAUGAAACAACUUCGGGUGGAAUCCUUACCCAGGGAUUCUUCUCGGAAUAAGAGGCAAGGAGAUAUAGAAAUCCUGAUGCACAAUAUCACUGGUCUGGACGAGGGUCAGUCGUAUGAAAUUCGUAUUUCAGCAGUUCGUGAGGGGCUGAACGGUGAAGGAGAAAUGGGUCCUGCUUUGAGUGUGACCACUCGCGAGACACCUGUAGAACCGCCAAUUGGUUCUUCUACUAUUGGUCCUAUCGUUGGUGGCGCUAUAGGUGGAAUACUCAUCCUUCUGUUGAUUGCCGGCCUGGUGAUCAUAAUAAAAAUAAGAAGGGAUCGACCCGAAGAAGUUUCAAAACCUGUGACUUACAAAAACGAUGGAUUUGUCGAAGGCAUUGCCACUGAUAAAGGCCAAGAAACAGAUCAACCAUCUCAGCGGUACGAAAACCUGGGGCGUCGGAAACCGAUGGAACCUUCAAACCAAAUCCCUAUGCCCGACCUACCAACUAGGCCUACUCCUUUAGACGAGGGUUACAAGCCUACACGAAUUACAGUAGAGGAAUCUUCAAAGGAUCGCCGCCUCAUACCUGUCUCAAAGUUCGCCACUUUUGUUGAGAAUAAUAGGCACACUGACACAUUCUAUAAGGAUUUCCUUAAGUUGGCAAACGUUUGUCCUGGUCCUCCAGCCUCGAUGAUAAGAACUGCGUUGAAGAAAGAAAACCGGUCAAAGAGUCGAAACACGAACAACCAUCCACUGGAUAGGAACAGAGUCAUCCUAGAGUCUGUGGGCUCUUUAGAUUCAGAUUUCAUCGAUGCCAGCUACGUCAAGGGUAUUCGAUGCCGGUUUAUAACUACACAGAUGCCUAUGCCUAACACAGUCGCCGCUUUCUGGGACGUGGUAUUUUACAACCAACCAACUGUUAUCAUCAUGCUUAACGAUGAUGACAGACGUAACAAGGUUUGUGCCCAAUACUGGUUGGACAAUGGCGUUGCAACUUUCGGAUCCUUUUCUAUCACAACGUUGUCUGUCUCUGAGAACGAAGGACUGAUAGAGAGGGAGAUGCAAGUUACUAGAAACAAUUCAAAGGCUCGUCAUGUAGUGAAGCAGUACCAGUUCUUACACUGGCCAAAUGAGGCCGAGCAGCAAGCGAAUCGAGCUCGUCAACUAAUCAUUCUGAUGACAAAAGUUCAGGAAACUUUAGAACGAUUCCGAGAAGGGUUCCCAGUACUUGUUCAUUGCAUGAAUGGAGUUGGCCGAACUGGCGUAUUUUGUAGCACGCUUGAGUGCAUCGCACAAGUAAACGAAGAGGGCGCUGUUGAUGUCUUUCACGUGGUGAAGAUGCUCAGAAGUGAAAGGAUGCAUUUCGUACAAACCGAGGAGGAAUAUUCGUUCAUUCACGAGCUGAUCAACGAAUAUCUUCAAGAAAAUGAGUACGAGGAUCCGCUCCCCGAGGUCUCGCCGAACGAUCACACGUACACGUAUGCUGAAUCCCCUCUGGCCCCAGGUUCCGGUGAGAACGAGCAUGUAUACGCAGAACUGCAAGAGGGCGCCCCCGAUAAAGGAGUGUAUACCCCACUGAAGACAGAAAGAUAAUCCCGUUGGGACAAAGAUUCUUCCAGCUAUGGAAUCCAAGUACUCGGGAACGGUUUAAAAGGGAAAAUAUUAAAAGAUGCACUUGCAUUCACUGAACACCUAAACUCUUAAGCGUGUAGACAGUUUAUAGUCAGCAAACAAGCCGAUAAUUACUUGUAGGAGUUUCACUAUACAGAUUGAAUGACAACACUGCAUACUGAUGUUUAUGUUAUAAUCUAAGUGUUCUAAAAUUCAUUUUUGUAAUUCAUUUUUCAAAGGUAGUAAGUCGAAUCUUGAUGGAAAUUGUAUUCAUUCUAUACCCAGUUACAUGUUUUUUGAAAGAAAUAUAUUGUUAUAUCUUGGGAGUAUUAGUGAUACAAGAAUCGUUGCUGCACGGGGGAAGGGGUGGCAAAAAGACAUCUUCUACUACCCCCCCCCAAAAAAAAAAAUGUUCAAACAUGCACACAAGCAUAAAGUGUGCACGUCAAUUAUCAAAUUUCAACAUAGUAAAUAUUAUCUUUAUGACAAGAUUGGCCGCUUCGCACCCUCACUUUCUUAUUAUAACAGAUACUACGUAUUCUAACCUCAGUCCCCAUAAAUUCAUCUUCAUUGGCCAUUAAAAAAAAAUCGUUUCAAUAAUUAUCAAACUUCCUUUAAUCAUAUACAUUUUCCUCUCAUGUAAAAGCGGAUCUAUCUUUGUUGUUUAUAUCUCACUUAUAGUCAUAUUAGAAACAUGUUGGUGUCAUUAUGUAUAAUAGAAUGUUAUUUUUAUCUGUUGCGUUUCAAACAAACAAAAUACCUUAUUGUGUAAUGUCAAGAUGUUGAGUACAUUUUAUCGACUUUUUUUAUUGUUAUUUUUUGUUGAAAUCAGUCUAUUUUGUGACAGACAAACACCAAGCCGAUGUUUUGGUUUUCACGGGGCUCACGAAUGUUUGCAAAGGACGAGAAUUUUAAAAAUGCGAAAAAAUUGCAAAGUCCAUCAGUCAUUAUGAGUAGCAAAAGUUUCGCUCACUAUUUUCACCUGGGAUGAAUGCCUUUUCUUUACGCUUUAUAUUUUGCAAAAGUACCUCAAAAUCAUUGUAACCGGUUAAACGUUCUCAAAUCGUAUAUGUGAUGCUCGCGUCCUUCGCAAAAUCUUGGUGUCUCCCUUGUUGACUCAUUGUGGAGGGUUGUGGCCCAGUGGAUCAGUCUCGGGACUCUGAAACAGAGGGUCGUGGGUUCGAAUCCCAGCCGUGGCGUAAAUUCCUUUGGCAAAAAAAUGUAUCCACAUCGUGCUGCACUCGACCCAGGUGACGUUAAUGGGUACCCGGUGGAAUUAAUUCCUUGAACGCUAUUUAUAUGGCGGCUCAGCUACAGCCGGGGUAAUAAUAUGAUACCAAGUAUAUGCACAUAGUAACUACGCUAUAUAAAUUGAUAUACAAUUAUUAGUAUAUUGUUUUAAUUUACACUUUCAUUUUCAUUCUGUUACCUAUUCGCACUUUUACAUAUUGAAAUUACCAUUUGACUUUAUUGUAUCGAUUCUGUUCCAAGCCUUUCCGGGGAGAUUCAUGAGGCAUCUAGUCAGUGAUGUUAACCGAAUAAUUAGUUCUGAGCCAAUCAGAUACAAGGAUAUCAGUAGCUUAUGACAGUUAGCAAUAAAUAAUUCCUUCAUGGAAAUGCUCCCCAUAUUUAGUUUGAAGGCAUUUGAAGAUUAAAGAAAAACGUUGACAUUUCCAUUAUAAGACGAACUUAGACGACACUUUCGUUAAUCUUUUUAAUGUUGAUGUUAGCCUAUUUCUGUAAUCAAAUACCCAUCCCUGCCACUUACUUUCUUUUGUUGCAUAUAGUUUUAACACAAUUAUAAUGCCACACCAAUAUUCUAGAUUUGUUCAUAUAUACAUAUAUAAUAUAAUAUAUAUAUAUAUACAUAAUAUAUGAACGAUUCAAGAAUCUUAUCUCUUUUAUGAAUAACAUUUAUCCUAAGCUUCUGUUUUUACUCGUUGUUAUUUUUUGUACACUUGUAUGUGUCAAAUUUCGGGGAUUUUCGGCGUACAUUAGACUAUAUUAGCUAAAAUGUGUUUUUAUUAUUCUUAUAGACUUUGGCCUUUUUUACGUUAUGCGAUAUCAGUAUCGAUGUCUACACCACUGAAUAAAAAAAAUCAACUUGCUACCAUGGCCGCUUUACGUGUGUGAAUAAAUCACCUGGGACCCGUUUCAUAAAGGACUUGCAAAUGUUGUAACUUUGCCUUUUUGGAAACUACUAUGGAACCCUUGAGUAUGAUUGGCUGCUGAGCCCUGUUACCAUGGUAGUUGCCAUUAUGGCAAAAUUACAACAGUUACAAGUCCUUUUUUAAACGACCCCUGCUAUGUAUACGUUACUUUACAAUAAGUGUCCAAGCCUCUUCUGUUAUGUUGCCUACACUAUACUGAUACAUGGUGGCAGCGGUAACAAUUUGGAAGUCUGAGAGAUGACGGCGGGAAGACAUCAACCAGUAUUAAACUGUAAAAAAUAUUGGGUAAAUUUUUUACCACCACGAUGGUAAUUAUGUAUCCAACCAAUUUUGGUCAGUAUUUUUACCCAUUUCGGGAAGCAUAUUGUCCAGUAAGGUUAAAAAAUAAGCAGCAAUUACUUUAGAAUGGGCAAAAUUUUCAUCACACUGGGUAAAUGAAAAUGCCCCCAAAGAAAUGCCCAAUGUUGGUUGGAUACAUAAUUACCCUCAUGGAGCACUUUUACCCAAUAUGUUUUAGAGUGUGGGAAGUAUUUGCAUGAAAUGUUAACUUCUGCAUGCCUCACUAACGGGGGUUUUCACAAUUACUCGUGCGAUCGUUUGUGAUCACUUGGUCGCAAUAUACAUGCAUGUUGCACAGAAUCGCAACUGUUGUAAUGUGUCGCACCACCAUUGUGAAAGGGGCUUAACUCACAGUCUGGUAAAGCCGAAUAUAAAUGGAAUGUCGUAUGCAUAACAUGAACCGCCAUUCGUCGCUGUGUGCGGAGAGCGAUCGUAACAAAUAGCCUGAAUAAGAUUUUUUUUUACUGUGUUAAAAAAGAGAUGUGCAUCAGAAGACCAACAAACACUAAAAGCCGAUAAAACCUAAAUUACUUCAAUUUCUGGAAGUGUGAACAAUGGAUGAGUAUUUUUUUAUAUUAAUUGUAAAAUCUGGUGUGUGAGAAGUAAGUGGGAGUGAGCAGCAUUUUUGUUUCAUAAAACAAUGACAUUCACAUAGUAGGGGUGUGAGUGCGUUACAGGUAUUCUCAUUAGACACCGGUUGACCUGUGACUAUGCAUAAGGAGCGUUCACACGUGGAUAAAUAUAACAUAAAAACAUGUAUCUCCAUCGUAAUACGUAUACAAAGAUGAAUAAUACGAACAGCGAAUAUUCAUAAUGAGUAGUGGAAAACAUCCAGAAAAUGAACUGGGAGGCGACAAAUCUACACACAGAAUUCAAGCUUUUCAGACAAAGAAUGGAGCUAUUUCUAGCAGACCAAGACAUAACUGAUCCAAGAAAAAUGGCUUUAAACAACAAGAUUGCUGUAGGCAAUAUGCUUUCGCAGGUUGUAGGGCCAAAAUUAGAUGCAUCUAUUGUUUCAAUAUCU